AAGCGUGCAAUCAGUGUGAAUCAGUAAAACGUGCUGCAAAAACAACAGUCAACAAUUUCUAAAUUUCUCUCUAGAAGUAACACAGUGCAAUUUUUAGUAAAAAUGUGCGAAGAAUCAGCAUUCAUAAAUAUGGAGCAAGAGCAAGAAAAUUAUAAGAAAAUCGACGAAGAAAGACCUAAUUUUUUUAAAAUUGUUAGAAAAUUAGCAAUGACUUGCAAUAAAUACAAAAUUAACUUUAAAGAAAUUGAAAGACUCAAGGAAACGCGUUUUCGCCACAAAGUUGCAAUACAAAAGUUACUGAAACGUUCUCCGCAAACGCUGUUUGUUGAAAACAAAAACGGAAAAACUGCUCUCGACAUAACUGAUGCUCAAGAUCUUGAAAAAUAUUUUGAUUUCUGUGUGGUUUUGGACAGAUACGCGUUGGAUUUCAGUGCUACUGACUACAAAAUGCUCUUUCGGUUUAAAUCACUAAUAAAUAGCAGAAAUAGCGAAAAUGACGAAGUCGCUAUUGUUUCGAGAAUUUCAAAACGUAAGCACUUGGAACAAUUGUUAAUUCACCCUCUAAUCCACACUUUCAUUGUUUUGAAGUGGUCUAAAAUGGAGAAGUACUAUUGGAUGAUUCUACUUUUACAAGGUUUGCUGUUUCUCGCUUUAAGCGUAUGUUUUUAUUCUUUAUCUGAUUCUUGUCAACCUAAAUUCAAGAUGUGUAUUUUCUUUACGAUAUUGAAUUUUGUUUUAAAAUUAGGUAUCGUGUUCGGACAUAGAUGUUGGAUAUUUAACAACUUAAGAAUGCUAACUAUGUAUGAAUGUGGCGAAGUUUUGCUAAUGUUGACUCUUUUCGGAAGUUUUUUCUCUGCUGAAUGUAGAGCAUUUGCUUUUAUCGAAAUGUCACUUUUAUUUCUAUUGACUGUGGGCUACCAUCCAAAAAUAGCCAAGUGGUCAGUUAUGCUAAAAAAAGUUUUUGAGAGUUUUACUUUACUGAUGAUUUUUUUCACUUUGAUAAUCAUAGCUUUCGCUGCCGCUUUUCAUGUACUUUUCAAAGACACAGAGCACAAAUUUUUCACAUCUAUUGGAAAAUCCAUUUUUAUCACUUCCGUCAUGAUAACUGGCGAAUUUAACGUCGGAGAAGUUGAUUUCAACUCAUCAAAUUUUGGAGGUUAUAUUCUAUUUUUAAUUUUUGCAAUUUUUAUGGCUUUGGUUAUCGUAAAUUUUUGGACUGGUGUGGCUGUCACGGAUAUAGGUACUAUACAGCAAGAUGCUGACGUUAACGCUUUUAAAAAUGUUAUAACUUUUAUGGCGUUCGUUGAACGGAGGAUUUACGCAUAUAAGAUUGUACGGAAAUUUUUACCUUGUUCUCUCUUAUUUGUCAAAACUAAGACUGAAAAGUACGAAGUCGACUUCUAUAUAAACAAGAAAAAUCAAUUUGAGGGAAGAAAGAAUUUUCCCACGAAUGUAGGGCAAAAUUGUUUAGAAAAAAUCAAAGAUUUUAAUUCGAGACGCCAGAAUGAUUUAGAUGCGAAACAUAUUUUGCUGAAAUUAGAAGAAAUGACGAAGAUUCUAAAUGAAGUAAUGAAGACUGGAAUUAGAAACGAGAACUAUCUUAGAAAAAAAAAUAUUCACAAAAAGUAGGUGUAUGAAAAUGGCAAACGCAAAUUUUAUAAUUUCAUUUAUGUCCUUAACAUUGUACAAACUUUGUUAUGUCUACCUGUAAAUUCAGUUUAUUAAACAUUACUUGAUUCGUA